AUGGCGUCGGCGCCACGCCGUAGCGCCAGAGCCCGCCGUCCUCUCCCACAGCCGGCCGACGGCGCGAUGGCAUCGGCGUCGUCGCCACGGCGGUCCGCCAGAGCCCGCCGUCCUCCUCCACGUCUGGCCGACAGCGCGAUGGCAUUGACGUCGGCGCGACGCCGGACAGCCAGAGCCCGCCUUCCUCUCCCACAGGCGGCCGACCGCGCGACGGCGUCGACGCCAGCGCCAGCGCGACGGCGGUCCGCCAUAGGCCCGGCGGCGCAGCCCGUCCUCCCGGACGAGAUCUGGGAGGACAUCUUCCUGCGCCUCGACGCCGCGGCCGACCUCGCCCGCGCCUUCCGCCGCCUGCUCCUCCUUCCGCCGCAUCGUCUCCGAGCCCCGGUUCCUCCGCCGCUUCCGGUCCCUCCGCCCCCCUGCAAUCCUCGGGUACAUCACUUCUAG